AUGUCGGACUUCCAUGAGAUUCUUUUAGAAGGUCUCGGAUUCACUCCUCUUCGCCCCUUCUCCCGGUCCCUUCCAACGGCCCCGCGGGGCGAGGAGGAAGCGGAGCCGCCGGCGAAGCGCGCGCGGCGGAUCUGGGCGAUCCUGCGGCCGCCGAGUGAGCCGAGCCCUUUGGAGGGCCUCACGGCCAGCUGGGCUUCGGCACCACCGAAGGUCUCGAGAUACGGCCAAGCCACGUUGCCGGAAGUGGCAGGGAUGGCUGUGCCAGGUGCAGCGCCGAUGUCCAGUGAGAAGCGCAAACGUCUUCAGCACAGUGAGGUCGCCCGCUACCUUUGGGGAAAAGAUGUCCGAGUGAAGGGAGAGAAGCGUUACCUCCAGAUGAGGUGUGUCGUACGAGCUCCCAUCUCCAGCAAAAAAACGCUGGUCGGGGAAGUCUCCUCCCAGCGCAAGUGA